AAUUGUUAGCAAUUUAACAAGAUUUGUGGUGAUUAUAUGGAUGUUUGUGGUGCUGGUUCUGAGCUCGAGUUACACAGCAAGCUUGACAUCAAUGCUAACUGUGCAGCAGCUUCAGCCUACCAUCACCGACAUCCACGAUCUGAUCGAGGAGGGUGACUACAUCGGGUACCAGUAUGGCUCCUUUGUCACCGGACUAUUGAGAAACAUGAAUUUCGAUACCUCCAAGUUCAGAAGCUACAGAACACUGAAAGAAUACGACGUCGCCCUCUCCAAAGGUAGCAGGAAUGGAGGAGUGGCUGCCAUUGUUGAUGAGCUCCCUUACAUUAGGAUGUUUCUUUCCAAAUAUUGCAGGAAGUAUACUAUGAUUGGCCCAAUAUACCAGACUUCUGGUUUCGGAUUUGCAUUUCCGAAGGGCUCGCCACUAGUUGCUGAUGUUUCAAGGGCGAUCCUGAGGCUGAAAGAGGAUGAGGAAAUGGAGAGGAUUUCAAGAAAAUGGUUUAAAGAAGGAAGGUGCAGAGGCAGUGAUGGAGCAACAGUGAACACCAAAAGCCUCAGUGCAGAUAGUUUCAAAGGCCUCUUUCUAGUAGCUGGUCUCUCAUCAUCCUUGGCUCUAGCUAUAUUUGUGUCGAAAUUCGUGUACGAGAAUCGGUGUAUGUUGAACUCUGCUGCUUCUACCAAGCUCAAGAUUCAUGAUCUAGCUAGAGCUUUUUAUCAGAAGAAAGAUGGUAGUACCAUAUCAGAGGAGUCUCUUAGUCCUUAGAGGAAGAGUUUCAGCAUCCACUCCAGAACCAAUGACUCCCAUAUCUUAAAGAUAAACUAUUAUGUGUUGUGUGUAUGUGUGUGUGGAGAAGAGC